CCAAAGCAAGCGUCAACAGAUUUUCUAGUUUAUAUCAGCCUAGGAAAAUGAAAUUGGAUAUUGGACAUUAGGGUCGAUUUUGAAGCUGGAUUACUCGCGCGGUUUCACAAGCAGGCACGUUGUUUCAGGAAAUGAAUGAACAGUUAGUUUUUCGAGGCACUCUAAGUGGACACCGUGGCUGGGUUACUCAAAUAGCAACAAAUGCUACCCAGCCGGAUCUUCUUGUUUCAGCUUCUCGAGAUAAAUCCUUAAUUGUUUGGGACUUGAGGCGUGAAGCUGGAGAGUAUGGAUUACCUGUGAGAUCUCUACAUGGGCAUAAUCAUUUUGUCAGUGAUGUGGUUAUGUCAUCUGAUGGUUUAUAUGCUUUGGCAGGGUCAUGGGAUCGCACCCUGAGAUUGUAUGAUUUGGAAACUGGGAAAACAACCCGCCGGUUCUGUGGUCAUGAAGGAGAUGUGUUAAGCGUGGCGUUCAGUGCAGACAACAGACAAAUAGUCAGUGGAUCACGGGAUAAGACUGCGAGGUUGUGGAAUACUUUGGGUCACUGCAAAUAUGUAUUCAACGAUGGCGGCCACACUGACUGGGUCUCAUGCGUUCGGUUUUCUCCAAACACAGACCACCCUAUUGUUGUAACUUGCGGAUGGGACAAGCAAGUUAAAGUUUGGGGGUUAAGUGACUGUAGUUUACGGACAACACAUUAUGGACAUACUGGUUAUCUCAAUACAGUGACAGUUUCACCUGAUGGGUCUCUUUGUGCUAGCGGAGGAAAAGAUGGGCAAGCCAUGCUGUGGGACUUAGCGUUAAAUAAGUUCUUGUAUACGCUACCGAGCGGCGGAGUAAUUAACGCCCUAUGCUUCUCUCCAAAUCGUUAUUGGCUUUGUGCUGCAGUUGGAUCUAGCAUCAAGAUAUGGGAUUUAGAAAACAAAGUCCUGGCCGAUGAUUUGCGCCCUGAAAUGAUCUCAGGAAACUCGCCAGCAAAACAAUUGUCGCCAGAUUGUACUUGUCUAGCGUGGUCUGCUGAUGGUCAAACCUUAUUUGCUGGGUUCACAGAUAACCUCAUUCGUGUUUGGCAAAUGGCGUAAUAAGUCAUAAGUAUAAUAUACCGGUUGGAAUAAAGCUGUUUUUAUUUUUUCCGAACAAAGUUGUAAGUGUUAUAUUUCGUGGAAAGAUUUCUGGGGAACCCCAUCACUUAACGCAAUUUAAUUUUCUUUCACGGCAUGCAGCCCAAUCACAGCUUUCUUGAUUACUUUAAAUUCUUAUGCAACAAAAAGAGUGAAUUUCAGUAGACCAGGCUA